AUCCUCAUUGCAGCGUCACUAGAGUAUUGCGCGCACACCGUGAAGGUGCACAAGUAGAUAAGUUAAAAGUGUUUCUAAAAUUUGUUUAAGGGCUUCAGUCUUUGCGUGCACUAUGGACGGAACUGUGGACAGAGUUGUGGAGGAGGAGGGAUCCACGCGUGGGUCCUUUCAGACAGACGCUUCCCUCAGCGGAGAGGAUGAGCGCCGCGACUCCGACCACAGCCAGAGAACUCACGAAACACAUCCUGACGACGAGCGCUCUUUGCCUCUUAGGGAUUUUUAUCCCUAUAUUCGCUGUGCCCUCUGCAAUGGAUUUUUCAUUGAUGCCACCACCAUCACAGAGUGUCUUCACACUUUUUGUAAGAGCUGCAUUGUCAAGCACUUUUUCUACAGCAACAGGUGUCCUAACUGCUCGAUUGUUGUGCACCAGACACAGCCACUGAACAGUAUCAGACCUGACAGACAAUUACAAGACAUUGUUUUCAAGAUGGUUCCAUAUUUGGAAGAAGAUGAAAGGUCGCGAAUAUAUGCAUUUUAUAAACAGAGAGGGCUUGGCGUUCCUAAGCCAGUGGCGUCUCCAGCUACAUGCGCAGUGAAGCCGCCUCAGAGACAGAAGAAAGACAUGUUGCCUCAGUCUGUUUUUACUAUUCCCUCAGAGCUAGAUGUGUCUCUGAUGUUGGAGUUUGUGGGAGCUGAAGAGGGUAUUGAGAACUAUAAGCCCCUUGAGAGGAAGUAUGUGCGUGUGUCAGGGGAAGCCACUGUCCGUCAUGUGGAGCUUUUUAUCAGGAGGAAGAUGGAACUGAGUCAAAACUGCAAGGUCGAUUUUGUGUGUGGAGACCAUCUUCUUGAGCAAUGCCAGUCUUUAAGAGAAGUUUGUAACACCAUGGGAAAAAAUGCAUUGCAGGAUGGCAUGCUGGUUCUGCAUUUCGGACUCGUUCUACCUGCUCAGUAAAGAGGGAAGACGCAGAAAAACCAACUACUGUGAAAUUUACAUUGUACAGUGGUUUAAUUUCAAGGGCUAAACUGAAUUUUCUCAUAUAACAGUUAUCCUAUGCAGUGAUCCUUUGUCUUCCUGGUAGCCUUCUGCUCAAAAAGAUUAAGAAUAUGGCAGCAUUCUUUGAGCAAAUGCAUUAAUGAGCUAUUUCUAGAAUAUACUGCUUGCUUGUUUGUUUGUUUGUUUGGAUGACUGAUUUUUGGUUACAAUUUCCACAACUGUCAGGGUUCUGUGAAUGCUCUUUUAUACAUU